AUGGCUGCUGGGGCCUCUACCACCACCACGGCUGCUGGUGCCGCCACCACCACCACGGCAGCUGGUGUCACCACCACCACCGAGGCUGCUGGUGCUGCCACCACCACCACGGCAGCUGUAGUCACCACCACCACCGAGGCUGCUGGUGCCACCACCACCACGGCUCCAGCACCCACCACAACGGUUGCAGCAACCACCACCACGGCUGCUGGGGCCACCACCGCCACCACGGCAGCUGGUGUCGCCACCACCACCACGGCUGCUGGGGCCACUACCGCCACCGGGGCUGCUGGUGGUGUCAUCACCACGACAUCUGCUGGUGCCGCCACCACCACCACGGCUGCUGGUGCCACUACCACAACCACGGCUGCUGGUACCGCCACCACCACCACGGCAGCUAGUGUCCUCACCACCACCACGGUUGCUGGGGCCGCCACCACCAACGGGGCUGCUGGUGUCAUCACCACCACGGCUGCAGCAACCCCCACGACGGUUGCAGCACCCACCACCACGGCUGCUGGGACCACCACCACCACCACCACGGCUGCUGGGGACACUACCGCCACCGGGGCUGCUGGUGUCAUCACCACCACGGCUGCAGCACCCACCACCACGGCUGCUGGGGCCACCACCGCCACCACGGCAGCUGGUGUCGCCACCACCACCACCACUGCUGCUGGGGCUGCCACCACCACAACGGCGGCUGCUGGUGUUAUCACCACCACGACGGUUGCAGCACCCACCACCACGGCUGCUGGGGCCACUACCGCCACCACGGCUGCUGGUGUCCUCACCACCACGGCUGCAGCACCCACCACAACUGCUGCAGCACCCACCACGACGGUUGUAGCACCCACCACCACGGCUGCUGGGGCCACCACCGCCACCACGGCAGCUGGUGUCGCCACCACCACCACGGACGCUGGGGCCACCACCACCACCACCACGGCUGCUGGGGCCACUACCGCCACCACGGCUGCUGGUACCGCCACCACCACCACGGCAGCUAGUGUCCUCACCACCACCACGGUUGCUGGGGCCGCCACCACCAACGGGGCUGCUGGUGUCAUCACCACCACGGCUGCAGCAACCCCCACGACGGUUGCAGCACCCACCACCACGGCUGCUGGGACCACCACCACCACCACCACGGUUGCUGGGGCCGCCACCACCAACGGGGCUGCUGCACCCACCACGACGGUUGUAGCACCCACCACCACGGCUGCUGGGGCCACCACCGCCACCACGGCAGCUGGUGUCGCCACCACCACCACGGACGCUGGGGCCACCACCACCACCACCACGGCUGCUGGGGCCACUACCGCCACCGGGGCUGCUGGUGUCAUCACCACCACGGCUGCAGCACUCACCACGUCGGCCGCAGCACCCACCACGACGGCUGCAGCACCCACCAUGACGGCCGCCGCACCCAUCACAACUCCUGCUGGUGUCAUCACCACGACGGCUGCUGGUGCCGCCACCACCACCACGGCUGCUGGUUCCACUACCACUACCACGACUGCUGCAGCACCCACCACGGCGGCUGCUGGUGUCAUCACCACCACGGCUGCUGGUGCAACUACCACCACCACGGCUGCUGGUGCCACUACCACAACCACGGCUGCUGGUUCCGCCACCACCACCACGGCAGCUAGUGUCCUCACCACCACCACGGCUGCUGGUGCCGCCACCACCACCACGGCGGCUGUUGCCACCACCACCAUGGCUGCUGGGGCCUCUACCACCACCAUGGCUGCUGGUGCCGCCACCACCACCACGGCAGCUGGUGUUGCCACCACCACCACGGCUGCUGGGGCCGCCACCACCACGGCGGCUGCUGGUGUCAUCACCACCACUGCUGCAGCAACCCCCACAACUGCUGCAGCACCCACCACGACGGUUGCAGCACCCACUACCACGGCUGCUGGGGCCACCACCACCACCACGGCUGCUGGGGACACUACCGCCACCGGGGCUGCUGGUGUCAUCACCACCACGGCUGCAGCACCCACCACGACGGUUGCAGCACCCACCACCACGGCUGCUGGUGUCGCCACCACCACGGCUGCAGCACCCACCACGACGGUUGCAGCACCCACCACCACGGCAGCUGGUGUCGCCACCACCACCACGGACGCUGGGGCCGCCACCACCACCACCACUGCUGCUGGGGCUGCCACCACCACAACGGCGGCUGCUGGUGUUAUCACCACCACGACGAUGAGCAGCUGCACUUUUCAAGACUUCGGAGCAAACUCUGCGAUGGACAGAAAACCCAGCAAGGCCCUUCGCCGAGCCCCAACAUCUACAACGGAGCGGUUGGCAGUGGCGAAAAGGAAUUCCCUUAUUGUCGCUGGAGCUUCUGCAGCGUCGGGGAGAUCUGCUGGCAAAAAAUGGAAAAGGCAGGUUGAGCACGACAAAGCUCCUGAGGAUAAGAAAGCUCGUGGUGAGGUGACUCAGCCUGCUCUCCUUCCUGAAGAGCUCAAGAGGAUCUGCCUGUCCUAUAAAACACUGGAGAAAUGGUGCAACAUGCCCUUCUUUGCCACCACGGUGACCGGCUGCUUCGUCAGGGUAGCUGCUAAAGCCGGCAUCAGCGACCAACCCUACUUGGUUGCUGAAAUUGUGUCAGUGAUGGGGACGAAGAAUGUCUACCAGCUUGGACCAAACCGGACAAAUCUGGAACUGAAACUCAGGCACGCUGGAAAAGAACAGAUUUCGCCUCUUAGGUGUGUUUCCAGGCAGGAAUUCACCAUGAGGGAGUUCAUGCAGUGGAAACUGGCGAUGAUGGUGGCUGGGACCAAAGUUCCAACAUCUGAAAUAAUCGCGAGUAAAGAGAAGUCAAUCAAGGAAGCCCUGGAUCACACAUUCACUGAGGGAGAGAUUGACUUCAUUGUUGCCCUCAAGGACGGAUUUCGAACAGCACCUCUGAAUUUUGCCAAGAAGAAAAUCGAAUUAUUGGAUCAACUGAAAGCUGCAAAAAGUCAGGGAGACGCCGACAAGGUGGAAAAGUUUCAAGACGAAGUGACAACGUUGGACGAGGAGACACAACGACUUUACGAACUGAGGACGCCAAAGCAUGCCCCAAAGAUCACCAUCCCUCGCAUUGCCAUGUCCAGGAAACGACCUGCUCCUAAAGCACAGAGUGAGGAGUACCAAUACGGGGACCCUUUCACCCGGAAAAAGACAAGGCCCAUCAUUUUCACAAGCUUGAAAAUCGAGGCCGUCCGUAAAAGAGUUUACGGUGAGCUGGACUUGAGGUACGGCCCUGGAUUCCCACCAGAGAAAGAGGACUGA